AUGUUCCGCCGACACUGGUCGGGACUCCCUAAGGAUGGCUCCUUUCCAAAAGACCUCGCUGGUCUUGGGUAUUUUGUAAACGAUCAGGACGAGGUUCGAUCAAUCAAGGACCCGGAUUACUACUUCAAGUUCCACAUCAACAAGAACUCUCGGGUCAACGACCGUCAGAGGUUCCAGCUUCAGCGUGCGUGUCAACAGGCUGAGAUGCCAAAUGCCAUGGAAGAUGCCAUCCAUGAGCGUCUUGAGAAAGAGGGGCUCAAGAAGUUCCAACUCCUACCUGGAAACAAGAAACAGUGUCCCAUCUUCUUCAGCCCCAGCAUUGCGAAAACCGAACGCAUCGUCGUCAUUUUUGGUGAACAUCAUCAAGAUCUAGGCUUUAUCGCCGGUCGUGUUAUCAACGGACCUGGUGGUUUGGCAAAGGGCAGUAUGAUCUCUGUUGUGCAAGCACUCGCAAAGCAGCCUGCCUCCCCGAAUGACCCUGAGCCUCCAUGCGUGUUGCUUGCUAACAUGGGUCAGAGGUACUGGUGGCCCGAAGAACAACGCGCUAUUACUAUUGAAGAUUCUGCGGAUAUUCCUCUUCCUAGUCUGGUGCAUUCUGGAAGGCAGUACAGCAAGGGGUUGAACGAGAUUCCCGGAAGCGAGACUACUAUUGCGCACAUGACGACCAUCUUCAACAAGGUCCUUGACGUGAACAAGAAUGCCAGCAUCGACAUCAUCGCCAUUGGACAAAGUUGCGAGGUAGUCCUGGAGUUCUUCGAGAACACUAAGAACUGGGCUCAAUGGGGCCACCGUUUGGGUGGUAUGCUUCUCAUGGGGACCGUGUUCCGUGUAGACUCGCUUGCCAAUGCUGAGUUCAAAGACCUUCUGGCCAAGCGUGCUCGUGGCUAUCUCAUAUCUGACGAACUUCUCGACACUCCCUUGGCGAUGCCCGGUGGCAACCCGUCACUCCUGAUCGAUCCUCUCGGCUGUCCCUGUUUCUCUAGCGGAGAGAACCAGUACACGGAGUUGAUACUCAUCAAAGCACUUGAGCCAGCUCUUGCUUAUCUGCAGGAGAUUGCCCUGACACCCGGCUUUGUGAAUCCGGACAUGGCUGUCGCAGAACGUCUUGCAACCGACAUCACAGACGAGCAGUGGAGUGAGCUCCCCGAUGAGGUCAGACCCGAGAUCCGUACUAUAGACACUGAAUGGAUGGAGGAGGAGGUCAAGACACUUCGUCGUUGGAAGUACUUCGAGAAGCAUGGCGUCGCACCCCCUGAAGAAGACAGCGAUGAUGAGGAUUGA